CCGCGCGCCUGCCUGUCCGCUCCCCGUCGCCUCCGCGCAGCCAGCCGCCCAGGGUGCACCCCAGCAGCUGCCCGGCGGGACGCAGAUUCCCGGAGGACCCACCUCGCCGACCGCCGCCGCCCAGCGCGUGGCCCGAGCGUGCGCGGAACCGGGAUGGAGACCGCGCUGCUGCGAGUCCAGAGCUGCUGACCCGCGCCACCCGCGCCGCCCGCGCCAGGUUCCACUUCCUUUGACGAAGGCAAGUUUAAAAUCAAUUACUUCAGGACAAUUUGCAUAACAUCUGAAAUCAACAACACACAAUGAAGCACUUCCUGAGGACUUCUUCAAGCAAGAAUUGACUUUCAUUAGCACAUUUACUGAAAUUGUUCAAAAUAAGCCACUUUUAUCUUAUUAUUACCAAGAAGACACCAGAGCCACAAAUUUAGGAUGGUGGAGUAGUGUUGCACAGCUUUCUAGCAGAGGGUGCCUUCUUUUGUUUUCCACAGAAUGUUGAUCCAGGUUUGCCUGUAUUUUUACUGUAAAUUUUUGUGGCGCUGUCUGAAGUUUGUCAUGAGGAAGCUAACCGGAAGGUGUGAACUGCAGCGAAUUUGCUACAGCACCAAGCCUGGGGCCUCCCGAACCAUGAAAAUUGAAACGUCCCUGAGGGAUUCCAAAAGUAAGCUGUUGCAGACUUCAGUGAGCGUUCACCCUGAUGCCAUUGAGAAGACUAUAGAAGACAUCAUGGAGCUGAAAAAAAUUAAUCCCGACAUAAAUCCACAGCUGGGAAUCUCUCUUCAGGCUUGCCUUCUGCAAAUUGUGGGCUACAGAAAUCUCAUUGCAGACGUGGAAAAGCUGCGCAGGGAGCCCUACGAUUCUGACAAUCCCCAGCAUGAAGAAAUGCUUUUGAAGUUGUGGCAGUUCUUGAAGCCAAAUACUCCACUGGAAUCACGGAUUUCUAAGCAAUGGUGUGAAAUUGGUUUCCAAGGUGAUGAUCCUAAAACAGACUUUCGAGGAAUGGGACUUCUGGGACUGUACAAUUUGCAGUAUUUUGCAGAAAGGGAUACUGCCUCAGCUCAGCGGGUCCUCUCUGACUCUCUUCACCCAAAGUGCAGCAAGCUCAGCAAAGCAGAGUGGGAGAAGAAGAGAAUGGACACAGCGAUUGGGUACUCUUUCGCCAUCGUGGGCAUCAAUAUAACCGACCUGGCUUACAAUCUUCUGGUCAGUGGCGCCCUAAAAACCCAUUUCUACAACAUCGCACCAGAAGCGCCAACACUGUCUCACUUCCAGCAAACCUUUUGUUAUUUGAUGCACGAAUUUCACGAAUUUUGGAUUGAAGAGGACCCCAUGGACAUAAUGGAAUUUAAUCGUGUGCGUGAGAAAUUCCGCAAGAGAAUCCUAAAACAGCUGCAGAACCCAGACACGGCGCUGUGCCCACACUUUGCUGCCUCGGAAGGUUUAAUCAACAUGUAGCCACCCACUCUGGCUUUAGUGGAAACCCUGGAACACUGCCUCAUUGUUGUGUUAGAGUUCUGCUUAUGUCACAGCUCAUACACUGAAUGCACAUGGUGAUUAGAUGCAUGCCUUUUGGUACAGUAUUUUCGUCUCUUGGUCAUGACCCCAAGAUCCCCAGAUACCACUGUUUCUGGAGUGUCUGUCCUCUAGUGAUGCUCGCAUUGUGGCAUUAUGCAGUGUUACAUCUUGCCUUGACACCCAGGUAUGGAGAGAGUUUUCUAUUUUUUUAGAAUUUUUUUUCCUCUCCCUCAUACUCAACAUUAAAGACUUGUAUUUCUCUAGCUAUAUUUUGUAUGUAAGAGGUUUAGCUGAAUCCUGUUCGCUGAAAGCCUUUUAAUUUAUUGAUAUGUUUCAUGACUACUGCUGCUAGCUUUUCAAGCCAGAUUCAUGCUUAGACCUCAUUCUGAUAAAGUGUGAGACUUUACAUUAGUGCAGACAGACACAUGAUAAGCCAAACUCUUCCUGCAAACAUAGCUGCGCUUCACAAAGCCUGUAAUGAGGCUUGCAGAAGUAUUUAGGUAGGAGCUGUCUCAUGUGAAGUACUGCAGAAUUAUAUCAUAACCUAACCCCAGUUGCAGUUGUGUCAUCGUCAUCUGGAGAUCAAAUUAUUUUAUUCCCAUAAUCUCACUGGCUUGGAUGUCUAAGUGUAUUUAUGAUGCUUGGAGCCUUAGGAAAAAAGUGAGCAUGAUUCAAAGGCUGCUAAGGAGGUUUCACUGCGCGUCUCUUGCUGAGAGUUCGCCCUAGCACUGUUCUGAUCCAGGCAUCUUUGCUUGGGGAAUCGCGUGCUGGCUGAUUUGUUUCCCAUGUCAAGGGGCAAGAUUUAAAAACAGCUUGUAAGAAAACAUAUUGCAGGAGGGGAACCUAAGCUGUGGCACUGCGGUGCUUCUUGCAAAUAACGAUCUUGUCUUGUAUCAGUGAAAGAAGCGAAUUGCUUGGAAGAAGAUAAGUCAGAUCAUUCCAAAACUGCAAAGACUCAUUUUGAAAAUGUGAUUUAGUUUGGAAUUAUGAUUGUGGUCUGUUGCAUAGUAUUUACCAUGGCAUUUCAUACCCAUGGUAUUUUAUACUUUCGGACUAUCAAUUUUAGUAUUAUUAGAUGUUGUGUAAUCACUUGCUUAUUUAAAUGAAUUUUGAGUACUGCCUAACUCAGUUAUAUGAAUA